UAUUUAACAGGCUCAAUGUUUGUUGAAGGGAAGCUGGUGAUAAGUGUGGGUCUGGCCAGCGACUGCUUGUUGGUUCAGUGGUCGAGUAUACCACUGACCUCGGCAGCCUUUGGCCAUUUCAGGCUGGGAGUGGAUACGGGACGGGCUGAGGCGGCAGAGAGAUCCAACAUGAAGACUCAGACUUUGGUCGUCGUUCUCUUGUGUUUCCUCACGUCCGUGAACAUCGCUGAUGUGCUGACUGAAGCCCAGGAGCUCUCAGCUCCCCCCUCCACCCCGCCGUCAGAUGAGGAUGUCCAGCAGGCUGGGACAGAAGCUGACCCAAUGGACACCGACAAGCCUUGCAACUGCUCGGAAGGUGCCCACUAUCCAGAUGUUGAUCCAGAAGAUGACCAUCCAGAUGUUGCUUGUGACGGCGGCCACUAUCCAGAUGUUGAUCCAGAAGUUGACCAUCCAGGUGUUGCUCCGGAAGGUGACCAUCCAGAUGUUGCUUGUGACGGCGCCCACCAUCCAGAUGUUGAUCCAGAAGUUGACCAUCCAGGUUAUGAUUAUGACGACGCCUACCAUCUAGAUGUUCAUCCAGAAGGUGACCAUCCAGAUGUUGGUUGUGACGGCGCCCACCAUCCAGAUGCCCCAUCAUUUUCCGAUGAUACUUGGCUUGCAACGAUGAAGGAGUUGAGGAAGCAGCAGCGUCGGAGUGAUGGUGGGGAGCAGUUGCCAGAGUCAUGUGCGGGUGCCAGCUCACCGGAGACCAUGCAGCUGUUGGGAAAAGCCAUCACUGACUUUGGCAUGGAGAUGUUCCGGGAGGUCCUGAAUGGAACCAAGAAGCCAAACGUGAUCAUCUCCCCUCUCAGUGUGGUGCUGGGACUCGCUCAGCUCUCUCUGGGCUCUGCGAACGAGACAGAGAGGGAUCUGGAGGCAGCUCUACACUGGGGCUCGCUGGGCUGCCCACACCACACCAUGCGCACCGCCAUCAACACCUUCAGCCAGCGAGUGCUCGCCAUCGCCUCCACCAUCUACGUCCGCCAUGGGUUCCACGUCAAGUCGGGCUUCCUGAAUGACUCGGAGAGUUUUUACGAAUCUCGGCCGCAGCCUCUGAGCGGCGACAGUGCGAACGACACGCGGAAGAUCAACGCCUGGGUGGAGGAGAAGACCGGCGGCAAGAUCAGAAACUUCCUCAAUCGCGUCCCCGGUGACGUUGUACUGAUGCUGGUCAACGCCAUCAACUUCAAAGGGCUGUGGCAGGUACAGUUUGACCCCAAAGCCACGGUAUCCGAGCCCUUCUACCUGGAGGACGGGCGCAUGGAGCAAGUGGCCAUGAUGCAGCACCCCAAGUACCCGACCAGUGUCAGCCGCAAUGAGGAGCUGCAGAGCGAGAUUGUCAGGAUAGCCUUCCAAAACAACAUGAGCUUCAUUGUGGUCAAGCCCAUGCUGAGCAGCAACCUCAACGCCGUCGCCAACAAACUCAAAAUCUCCGCCAUCCUGAGGCACCCCAAGACUCUGCCGCUGCUGCUCAAGAUGCCUAAACUCAACAUUGACUUCGACACCGACCUGCGGGAAUCUCUGCAGAGUCUCGGUCUGGGCAGCAUCUUCCAGAAUCCGGACCUGAGCCGGAUGGCGGGCCUGCCCCUGGCCGUGUCAGCCGUGCAGCACAAGGCCACCAUGGAGCUGACGGAGGAAGGAGUGGAGGCUGCUGCCAGCACAGCCAUUUCCAUCAACCGCUCCCACAUGCAGUACGCCCUCAACAGCCCCUUCUUCUUCCUCAUCCGCCACGACCCCUCCGGCAUCCCCCUCUUCAUGGGCACCGUCAAGGACCCUCAGCCCCAACUCCCGAAGAGCAAGCGCGACAAGCUGCGUCCCAUCCCCGAUAUCCUGAUGGAGGAGCAGGUCGCUGCUUCCGACCCCAAGUGAGGCCCGAGCUGGAGCCCACCCACCCACCGCCAGCCCUCCCUCGCCCCCCCCCCCUCCCCGACCCCACCGCCUGCCCUCCCCCUGACCACCGACCCUCGCCCUCCUCCCAUCCGGUCCACGACCGCCCACCCGAACGACCCCCGCCUCCCCACCUGACUCAUGACCGCCCACCCGAUCCGAACCCAGACCUUACCUCCCCCAACCCCACCACCCGCCCAGCCCCCGCCCACCCGACCGACCCCUCCUCCCAGUUUUGUAUAAAUCAAUAAACAAUGAU